AAGAAGGAGACCGCGUUUCGUUCUGUCUCAGCCAACUGCUACCGCGCACUAGAGGCCACGUAAACUCUGCACACAGCAACGGAACCCUCGACAUUUGGUCUCCUUGUGCGGCGCUCGCAGAAGGUAUGAAUUCCGAAGCCACGACUCCGGACGACUCCUCCGUAGUGGAGAACAGCGGGUCGUCGACCGUCAAGGUGCGGCGUACCAGACGGCUGGGGUCUCUGUUCGCCCACCUCCGCCCGACCGAAAGGCGGCAGUCGCUGUACCAAAUGUCGGGAAUGCAAGAUUUUUCCCUCUAUCCCGGUCAACAUAAGGCACCGCCAGCGCCCACGUCAUCUCCAGAGGAGGCUACGGAUGGCUCGAAGCCGGAGGCCGUCGAAGAAGAUGGCAAGAGGAAGAGCGACCGAAAAUUCAGUCGCGUGAAGCAGCGCACCGCAAGCUGGAUUCGCAAGUUGGAGGCGGAUGUUAGCCUGAAGGAGACCAAACUGGACUCGCCGUCCCUUUUACCACCGAGCCAACAACGAAUGUCCGAUUUGCUCUCACGAAGCGUGGUCCCUUCUAAGCUCCGUAGCAGCUCGCAGACUGAGUCGUCUUCAUUGCCUUUCAGAAAAUGUAGCGACGAGAUGAGUGACAACCUCACUUGCGGUGGUCAUAGCACGGAAGAGGUGAUCGACUCGGUGUCCAGAAGCCAACGUGCCACCGUCAAGCACUGCUGCGGUGCCGAAACUCCGUUGGAAUACGUCGUGAACACCAGCCGUGUCACCUCCUUGCCAAUGGUCUCGCCAAACCCUGUCGCAUGCGGGGUGCUGCCCGUCUCACACAUGAUGAGUGGGAUCAAGGGGCUCUUCUCCGGGCACGCUUCGGGAAGCUUCGACGGCGCCUUGCUGUGCUACCUCCUCAUCUUUCCGUGCGUGGGUGCAGUUCUUCUAGGGGCCCUGCUUCUCUCCCUCGCGCUCAUGCAGACGUAUCGCGGGAGGUCCUCCACAACCACUCCCAGGACGCCAAGCAUCGAAGACGACUCUCGCGUCGCGUGCUACACCUCCGUCUGCCAGGAGGUGGUCGCGCUGCUGGCGCUGACCGCGGACUACGCCGUGCCUCCGUGCGACGAUUUUUACCGGCACGUCUGCGGCAAAUGGGAAGCCGCUGGCGGCGUGCUUCCGUCAGACGACGGCGGAGAAGGGCCACGCCCGGCGUUCAGCUACGAGGAGGCUAACCUUCGCGCGUUCGUCGGAAGAGUCCAUCGCAGCCUCGAGUAUCUGGCGCAAGACCCGGGUAGCUGCGCUCCGCGAGACUGCCGGAUGGCCCGGUUCUACGAGAGUUGCGUGCAGUUUGCCACCGAUCGAAGUCGGAACGAGCACUCGCCAUCGGUGCAAGAGGCUCUCGAACAAGCGGGAGUCGACCGCGAAGCCUGGCGAUGCGCGCAAACCCUGAGGGUGCUCCUGCAACUGGUCGUGGCCAGCAGCCUGCGAACGGGGCUCGUGUCGGCUCCGAGUGUCAGACGCAGCGAGAAUGGCGACGUCUUCGUCGACGUGGACGAGUCGUUGAGCCACGUCUUUGUGCCGUACGGCCGCCGGGUUGGACACUUCGUGCACGACUCACUUGCCGAGUUGCGCGAAGACGCGGGCAGUGUGUCGCAAGAUGCAGUGCUGGCCGUGGAUGCGAAUGUCGAGGGAAUUAGGAAGCUGGUCGACCCUUCGGUCCAUCAGUUCCGGGUGGUUCAGGGGAGAGACCUGCCACCCCCCUUCUCCGAAGGCCUGCCUGUGCAAAUGCAGGAAGCAAGGUACGAGGCCGGCCGCGCGCACUCUGCGAACUUUACGCGCCGGACACCCACCUUGCAUGCUCGAGCUCCAGAAAAAAUUGGUGCCGUCGUUGAACUGUUUGGCACCAUCAACCUCGGACUGGCCAGAGUAUACUUGCUGCUGUUGACGGCGUCACACGUCGUGAAAUACGUUUACAUGCUGCACCCGCUCGACGGACAAGAUAGAGCGAAUCCGAUACAGAUCUGCCUUCAAGCAACGGCAGCAUAUUUCCCCGGUCGCUUCCCAUUCUGGUUGGCCAGUACAAUGGAAACAUCUGAGGCGCACUUUUACCUGGACCAGAUGGUCACCAGGUUAAAACAAUCAGCAGAGGAUGUGGCUUACGACACCAAGACGUUCAGGAUCAACGGCUCAGAGUUCACGAGAACGCCAGUGACGACUAUUUCUCCCAGGAGAGCUGUACAGGACAGAGUGAUGCGCGCCUUGCCUGGAAGCUUCAUCCUGUCCAUCAUACAGUUAAGCAGGGAGCCACUCGCCCAAGACUGGCCGUCGGCGGAAAAGGCUGCACAGCAGCAACUGCAAGGAUUCAUUACCACUCAGACAUCGAUUACCGGCGAGGGCACCAUGACCGUGCCCUCGCUGUUCCUCGUGGCCGACCUGAUGCACGCCGACGACCCGGAGGAGACUCUCGAUUAUUCGACAAUUGGCGUACGGCUUCUCAUCACGUGGGCCAGCAUGGCCAUGGCACUCGACAACAGAGAAAGAAGCAACGCGAGCUCCAAGAACGUCGCCGCCUACCGGCAGUGCGUCGCUGACCGCAUCGCUGCUGACACGGGGUCGGGUUUGAGCCAAGAGGCGCUUCGCUUCGUGCUCUUCCUUCCCUGGGCACUGGACGUGGCCCUCUCGUCCUCCACGCGGAGCACGUACGCCGGCAAGCGGGUGGGCGUGCUCAGGGCCAAGCAACGGCUCUUCUUUCGCCGCUUCUGUCAGACCACUUGCGGCGACGCGGAAGCGGCCAAGGCUUGCCGCUACGGUGUCUUGAACUCGCAAGCCUUCCCCGAAGCAUUUCGCUGCACAAGGCUACCGCCGCAUUUGCGCUGCUAAAUUUUACUUCCGUUUCCUCUCUCGUGUAUUGCUCCGCGAACUAUGCCAUGUGCUGUUUCUUCCUUAUGCUCUCAUUAUAAGCUGUCACGUUUCGCUGA